AUGUUGCUUAUAGAAUUGAUUUCUUCUCUGACUACAGUUGCAUUGGAAGGGAGGCUUGACGAAGAGGAGAGGAGGGUGAAGCAGGUAGAUGUACUUGGGAGGGCAGCUAUGACAAACAGUAAUCCUGAGGGUCAGAAGAAAAUUGCAACACAGAUGAACUCUUGUCAAGCAGAAUGGGUUGCUUUCGUUGAUAGCAUUAAGUCUAUGAAGGAGAGCUUGCAUAGAAAGCUCCAGCAAUGGGACAAAUUUGAGGAGAUGAAAAAUUCAUUGGCAGCUUGGAUUAAUGAGCUACAUGCAACCUUGAAUGCCCUUGACCUUCAAGACUCACUCGAGGCCAAAAUUAAGCAACUCAAUCAGCUAAAGCAAUUCUGGAGUGAAGCUAGACUGAAGGAACUUGAGGUUGACAGUCUAACUGACAAAGGACAUGAACUUGCAAAGGAACUCCCAGCAUCCAAAGACUUGGGAUUGACUGCUUUGCUUCAUCAAUACCAUACCCUUUCUGCAGCAUAUCAGAUAUAUUCAGCCACUAAUAAAAGAACCCCACAGGAUCGUGUUGGAGAAUGGGAAGGGAUAGUGAGGAUGCAUCAAGAUUUUGCUGCAAAAUCAGCUGAUGUAGGGGACUGGCUGAAUGAGAUGAAGGGGAAAUUGGAUACUGCCUCAAGAGAACCCCUGACAUCUGAAGCGCAGCUUGGGGCCCGGAAUGCCAUCAUCCAGGACUUGAUGCUGGGAAAGGAAGAAGGGUUUGGGAAAGUGCAUGAGUUGAGUGAACUUGCACAGAAAGUUCUGGCCAACACUGCUCCUGCAGGUCAUGAACCAAUUAAUGGAACUGUUGAAAAAAUUCAGGGUCUUUGGUCCCAAUUGGCCUCAAAGCUGGAGGAAACAAAAGCCAAUUUGGAAGAUAUCACACAAACAUGGACUGAGUUUUUGGAGAGCCUGAAAGAACUGGAGCGAAUAUUGGGCAGUGGGAAGGCCCUGCUACAAGAGUCUUCACAGUAUCCAAGCUCCUUCUCAGAAAAGAAAAGCCUCGUGGAUCGGUUAAGAGGCAUGGAGGAGAAGCUUCAUCGGGAAGAAUUUGAAGUUGCUCGACUCAAGAGCAGUGCAGAGGAAAUGAUCAGAGCUGGUCAGAUGGCUGAAGCUGCAUCUCAGGCCAUUAGCCUUUUGGACACAUUUCAGAAUCUUGCUUCAAGUGUCAAGACCCAUAGAGUAAAGAGGGAGCAGGAGCUGCAGAGACAUCGGCAGCUAAAAGAGGCUGAAGAUGACUUCCUUUCUUGGCUUGAGCACUGUAAGGAUCGAAUCCCUUCUCUCCGACAGCGAUCACUUGGUGACAAGCUGGCUAUUGAGUCUGCCAUCUCCACCCUUGAGGCUGUUUUGGGGAAAGAGGAGCAAGGGAGACUGAAAGUGGAGCAAAUGCAAAAUCUUGCUCAGUUUGUCAAAGACUCCACUUCUGCCUCUGGACAGGAAGUCCUUAAGAAAGAUCUUGAUGGUCUUCACAAUGCAUUCCUGUCCACCUUCAGAGAAAUAAGAGAGCAAAAGGAACACCUGGAGCGGAUAUUGACACAGCUGAGGACAUACAAGGAAGAAUAUGAACGCCUAAAUGACUGGCUGCUUCAGAUGGAUGCUGACAUGAAAGCCUAUAAGACUAUUCUCCUUUCUUCAUUACAAGAGAAGCAUGUUCAGUUGGAGAGAGUCAAAGAAAGAUUGAAAGACUUGGAGGACAAGAAGGAUGAGAUAGAAAACUUGAGUGUAAAUGCAGCUGAGCUUCUUGCAUCUCAUCUGGAUUCAUAUAUCCUCAGUCAGCUGAGGCACCUUAAGUCACGCUAUCAGGUCCAGGUGAACCUGUCCCGUGAUGUGAAGCAGAAGGUUGAGGCAACAUACGAGCACCAUCGUCAAUUUGAUGAACGCCUCUCUCAGGCUUGGAAAUGGAUCAAACAUGCCAGACAAGUCAUGGAUAUGUCUUCCAAGGGAACUCCCAAGUCCAAGGAGGAUUUAGAAGCAAGGUUAACCAAAAUUGAGGAUGUGAUGAAGAGACAAGAGGAAGGGCAGAAGUUGAUAUUUGAAGUAGUGAAUCUUGGGGAAAAGGCAGCUAGGACUACCAAGUCAGAUGGGAAGGAUGUUAUUCAUGCUCAGCUAAGUGAGGUCCAGCAUGAAUGGGAGCGUGUGAUUCGAGCACUCGGAGAUGCCAAGGUAAACAUAGAAACAGCUCUUCUCCACUGGGCCGACUACUCAGCUUCGUUCAAUCAAGUCCAAGAAUGGUUGUCAAGUAACCAGGCUAAGCUCCAGGAGAUGAGUCAUGCCAAAAUGUCUGAAGUUGCCCGGGGCAAGAAGAAUCAAGGCGUGGAUGAAAUGGAAAAUUCUCUCAGGAGGUGCCAGAGCUUUGUCCAGAAUAUUGUGACCUUUGAACCAAUGAUUGAGUCUGUCAAGACCAAGGGAGAGAUGUCUGGUGGGAAUCUCCAAGACAUCUCCUCCAAGUAUGAAAAUCUCUUGAAGGAGGCACAAUGCCUCUAUGAGAAGCAGAAGAGAACUGUUCAAUAUGGGAAGGAGUUCACAGAGGCAGUGAAUGUAUUCUCGAAUUGGCUGCAAUCAGUUCGGGAUACCCUUGGAAGGUGCAUGCAACCAAUCUGGGAUAAAGAUUCCCUCAGCACCAAGAUUGUUGAGCUCAAGGCAUUGGAAACCCAGAAGGCUGAGGGACAGGAGAAGCUGAAUCGAGUCCUGAAGAUUGCAAAGGGCUCUCUACAAACACCUAGUGGAGCCGAAGAAGAAUUCCAGGAAAUUUUGGAGCAAGAAGUUGCCAUCCUCCAAGAUGAAUAUGACUCUUAUGUGAGUGACCUGCAGAUAGUGAAAACAAAGCUUGAGGGUGGAUUGGCCAAAUGGGAGGAAUUUGAUGAACACUACAGAGAAGCAUGUACCUGGAUUUCCAAGACAGAAGCCCUAGUUCAGGAAUACAAGAGAGCUCUGAGUUCAUUGGAGCAAAAGCAACUUAACCUAGAGAGAUUCCAGGGAGAGCUUGAAUCCAUCUUUACAUGGCAGAAGAACUUGGAUCAAUUGAAUCAUGAAGCCCAGAGUAUUAUAGACUCCUGCAUGGACAGCAAGAUAUCUAACACUGUUGCUCAGCUGACAACCAAGUACAAUGCAGUGCUUUCAAUGGCCAAAGAAUGCAUGAGGCACUUGGAAGUUCAGUAUCAAGAACAUUCGGAACAUCAAGCAGUCCUGGGAGAAUGUGAGGAAUGGCUGGAAAAGAUGAGAGGGAAGGUGGAAAGCUGCACUCCACAAUCCAGGGAUGUCACAGUUCUACAAAAACAACUUGAAGCUAUCAAUGCUCACAAAGAUGACCUGGAGGAAGGACAUAGCAAACUUAGAUUCCUGCUGGAGCUGAAGGAGAGAGUUAUUGUGCACACAACUGAGGAAGGGGUAACAAAAAUCUUGGAAGACACUGACAGGAUAAAGCAAGCAUAUGAAAAGCUUCUCAUUGAUAUGCAAGCAUUGCGGCGAUCUCUGGCCGAAGAGCUCAAUGCUGCCAAGGAUAUCAACAAGGUGAUGAGGAGAUUCCGAGAGUGGCUUGAGGAAAUGGAGGCCAAAGGAGGUGAAAAGUUCUCAGGUACUGAUAUUGGAGUGAAGCGAAUGGAGCUGGAAAGACUGAAGAAACUUGGCAAAGAAUUGGCCAGUGAAGAGGAGGAAGGAGGCCGUACAAAAUCUCUCCCAGAGGAGGAGCCUGAGACAGCUCAACUCAUUGAGAGGCUUCAUAAGCUCCAGCAGAGGGUGGAAACUGACAUCCAGACUUUGGAGGAUGAGUUGAAGCACCAUGAGGCAUAUACUGGAGCAGCUGAAGCUGUUGCAGAGUGGCUGAAGAAUUUGAAGACAUCCCUCGAAAAAGUUAGUGAUACAACUGGCAGCAGGGAGAAAGUCCAGGAGAAACUUGGCUAUUUCCACGAGAUUGAAGCAUCUUUACAAGAGGGUGAGGACUUGCUGAACAGGGCAACUGAAUUGAGUGGCAAAUUGAGCCCUGACAGUGGAGCUGAGCAGGAACUCAAUGCUAUGGAGCAAGAGAAGUCAGAGGUUGUUCUCAGAUGCAGAGAAGAUGAGAAGAAGCUCAAGGACUGCCUGAAUGCAUGGAAUGAAUACAUGGCUCUCCUUGAGAAUCUCCAGGAUUGGUUGGAGAAGCUGCGAUCUGAUGUGGCUACUCUGCCUGACUCUGACAGUUUUAUACUUCCUCGAGCUCAGGAACUGCUCACUGAAGCACAAGGGAGACAAGGGAAGGUGGAAUCACUAGGUGAAAAGUGUGAGGAGCUGGUCCAACUCAGUGCUCAGAGUGAAAUACGAUCCCAGACGACAAGCAUUCAGACCCUAUAUUCUCAACUGAAUGCAACACUCAAGGAUUUAGUCGCAAAGACUGAGAAAACUCAAGCUGGAAUGAGCCAGUACAAUGAAGCCAAGAAGGAACUAGAUCAGUGGUUGGAGAGAGCAAGAGGCACCCUUGAGUCUGCCAUUUGCCAGUCUCCCUCACUUGAAACUCUUCAGGACUCCCUCCUAACACUAGAGGUGUUAUCCAAGCGGUUGUCCGAAGGACAGCACCUUCUGCGGGUGCUCAUGGAAGCAUACACGAGUGCCUUGCCAUUCACUAAUGAGGCCACUGAGUCAGACAUGAAAGAGAACAUUCGCAUAUCUCGAGAGACAUAUGAGGCCUUGAAGAGAGAUGUUACAUCAGCUCUACAGUCUAGCCAGAAUCAACUGAGAAAGAGGAAGGAAUUAUCAGAUGCAAUUGAACAAUGCAAGAAAUGGCUGGAUGAAACAAAGGAGAAAUUGGCUGAAAGGGGGAGGGGAGGGUCUGAAACUUCUAUUCGUCUUGUAGUGGAAAACCUAAAGGCCCUGGAUGAGGACUUAGAGGAGAAGAGGAAUCAACUCCAAACUCUUGAGGAAACUAGUGAAUCACUCCCUGAUUCUAGUGCAAAGGAGAAGAUUCAGACUCUGAAUGCUGAUUUGAAUGAUUUAUCCUCCAAGUGCAAAGAAGCCUUAAAUGAAGCCAAGGAGCAUCUUCAGGAGUAUAAUGACUUCCAUGAAGCUCUUCAAAAUGCUGAGAAAUGGAUCCUGCAAACAUCUUUUAGACUCAUGGCCCACAAUUCCUUGUAUGUCUCCUCACACAGUCAAGUCGAGGAUCUCAUUCAUGAUCACCAGGAGUUAUUGGAUGACAUGGAGAAAUUUCAAGCCACAUUGGAAUCCCUUAGCAAUAAGGGUGACACACAAAUCAAGAGGUACCCACACAUGGAGGACACCAUCAAUGCACAAGUAUCCAAUAUACAAGACAGCUAUGACUCUCUACUUCAAACUGGUCACCAAAUAAUGGCACGACUUCAGGAUACAAAUCAAAGAUUCAUUGAGUAUGAGGUGGCUGUUGAAGCCAUUUUAAGUAGGUUGAAUGAAUUGGAAAAAGAAGUGUCUUCGAUUGGCCUUGCCGUUCCACAGGAUUUCCAUGCCAGGGUCUCUCGCAUGACUCAUCUCAGGGAAUUACAAGGAAGCUUGGAGGAUGAGAAGAGGAAAUUGGAAGAUGCUGUGCAAGCAUGCGAAUCAGCUACAGCAUCCAUCAGUCGUCCAAGCAGUCCAAGGGAACCUUUUUCUUCACCCUUGCCUGAGAAAGAGCUUGCCCUCAGAGCUAAAAUGGAGGCACUCAGGGAUGAGCUCCAGAUUCUGGUGGCCAAGGAGCAGGCUGCCAUAGGACAAGUUGAAGCUCUGAGGAGGCUCAGGGAUGAACUCCUAGAGUGGAUUGAGGACAAGAGGGCAGUUCUGUCUGACUGGACGGCAAAGCCGAUCCGCAUCAGACCUGAUCACAUUGAGGAAGCCCAGAGGUUCUUUGAUGACCUGAAAAGGGAGCUAGGAAUCAAGAUGGAAGAGGCCACACGAGUUGAAGAUGGUCUCCUGCAGCUUGGAUUGGCUGAGGAUAUGGUGGAUCUUCAAACACCUCUUGAGGAGCUUGAGAGCCAGGCAUGGUCUUUACUUGCAAUCAUUGUGUUGGAUAUUGAAGCCAAUCGGAAGAGAGUGCAAGAUCAGUAUCUUCAGUACCAACGAGAUUUGAAGAAUUGGAGUGCCUCUUUUCAGAAGAUUUCUGACUCACUUGUUGAGGCUGAGGAAACUGGUGAUAUGCCCUGGCAAGCUCGAAUAGAGAGCAUAAAUAAAGCAGAGGAACUCCUGAAGCGAGAAAAAGAGGCCUUGGAUCGACUGAAAGGGGUUGGUGCCAGUUUGAUGAUGGAAAUCAGCAACGAAGAUCAGGGAGAAUUGCAGGAGGGAGUCCAUCGAAGUGAAGCCCUGCUGAGUGAGGCCUUCAAACGUCUCUCACGAAGGCGGCAGAUCCUGGAAAUGACUUGGAAGGCAUACCAAGAGGCCAUUGGAGUAGUGCAGCAUGUCAAGGAUUGGAUGACUGAGAAAACAGCCAGCUUGGAUGAGGAUUCAUCUCUUCCAUUUCUCAGCUUGCAAGUCCAAGACCUUAUCACAGGCCUCCAGAGCCUGGAAAAGGAAGCUGAACGAGCUGUUCUCGGACUGGAAGAUAUUGAAUCCAAAUAUGAAAAGUCUCUGGCUGAGCUGUCCAAGUCUGAACGAGAUGCUUUGCAUUUGGAAAUUCAAGGAAUCGAAGGGCUUCAUGCAAAACUCAUUAAUGCUGUCAUGGAGAGACUGUCAAACCUGAAUGAUGCAUUAGAGCAGAGGAAAAGAUUGGAAGAAGAACUGAAGGAUGCUGGGGCAUGGAUUAUUGGGAAACAAGGAAUGCUGGGUGAACUGCUCCCUCUCCCACUCAAGGCUGAUGAUGUGAAUGGGUUACUGCAAGACAUCAAGGCACUGGGAGAUGAGGUGGAGAAAUUUGAAGGAAGGCAGAUGAAUGAGAUCAGGCAGAUUGGAGACCCAAUAAAAGAGAAGUGCUCCCCUGAAGAGCGAGAGUCUGCCCAAUUACGUGAGAAAGACCUGUGGGAAUCCCUGAAGAGACUCAAGACCUCCAUUGCUGAUAGACAAGGAAAUCUUGGCAAGGCCUUUGAGGCCAGGAAGAAAUUUGAAGAGGAGAUGGAAACUUGCAUCCUGUGGAUGAAAGAGGCGAAGGUGGCCAUUGGAGGAGAAAGGAGAAAAUGCCAUGUAGAUCUCUUACAGGAACUUCUCAAGAAGAACAUGAAAUUGGAGGAAGAAUCAUCUGAGAUGGGGAAGCAAAUUGAGGAGGUGAUUGCAAAAGGGAAGGACCUGGAACCUGAGUUAUCUCCCAUGGAGAAGGUUGCACUGGAAGACAGCCUAGCUCGUCUCAAGAGCUCCUAUGAAGAGCUGGCUCAAGAGAUCUCCAAUAAGGUAAACCAGAUUAGGCAGCAGAUGGCAAAUCAGCAAGAUGUGACUCGGCAACUGGAGGAGUCCAGCCGGGAAUUGGCAGCGCUCAAAAGACGGGUGACUGCCCUGAGUCGUCCAGUGGGGUGGACCUCUGAAGAUGCUCAGGAGGUCCUCCAGGGAUACCAGAAUGCACUGGGCGAGAUCCGGACUCUCCAUGAGAAACUAGAUCAGCUUGAUGGCGAUGUUGUUGGAAAUGAACUGGAGAAACUCUUCAAGGAAAGUGAAGAACUUGUAGCUGAUAUUGAGAAGCAAAUGGGGAAGCUGAGGCAGCUGGUGAUCAUGAGGGAGCAAUUCAUGGGACUCAUCAAUGAUGUUGCUGCCUUCAUUUCUCGUCAAAGAGAGAACAUCAGUGAGGUUGAUGGUCUUCAAACUGAUCUGGAAGCAAGAAUACAAAAGUAUCAAGAGAUACUUGACCGACUUGUGGAAGGGGAGGGGCUUCUAGCUGCAGCUGAAGACAAGGGGGCACAAAUCAGUGCCCAGGGCAGCCCAGCUGACUGCAAUGUUGUAGCUAGUGAAAUCAGUGGAGUGAAGCAGGAUUUGGGUGCAUUACGCAAGACGAUUGAGGGCAAGCUUCAUGAGUACCGACAGGUUCAAGGAGAUCAAGUGCGAUUGGCUGAGAGGCUUGAUCAAGUUUUGGACGAAAUGAGGGAUCUGGAAGGGAAAAUCUUCUCCCGACCAAUGGUCUCUCUGGAACCUGAAGCUUGGGAGGCCCUGGCUAUUGAACAUGAGGGAUUGGAAGUGAAAGUGAAGCAGGCAAUUGAGAAUGGUUUGAUUACAGAGGAAGAGAAGAAAAGUCUUACUCUUUACUUGGAUGAGAAACUGAGCCAAGUCUCCCUCUAUGCAACUAUUCUGCCACCAGAGCUCAAUGAGCGUAAAAAGUAUUUAGAUUCCCUGAGGCAGAUAUACAUGGAGUUUCAGGCCCUGUUUGGGAAACUCUCUGCCUGGAACAGUAGGUCCAAGGAGAAAUUGGCUGUAUAUGAGGACAAGCUGGAUUAUCGACAGGUUCCUGAGCUUCUUGAGACUCACCAGGCAUAUUUUGGGAGUGAGCAGGAGAAGGAAAGCGUGGCACGGCUAUUCCAUCUUGCCGACAAGAUCUCUCCCUGUCUUGAGAAUAACCAUCAGCAGGAAAUGAUGUCUCGGGUUCAAGACCUUUAUCAAGAAUACCAGAAUCUGAUGAAUCAGGCCCGCAACUCUCAAGGGAGGCUGGAGAGGGCUGCGGUUGAGUGGAGAGACUUCCUCAAUCAUUUCCAGAAGGCUCAGGAAGUGCUGGAUGCAAUGAAGGUGAACUGGGAUGCCCCUGAGACAUUCUCACAGCUAAAAGGUAUUCAAGAGAAGAUGGAGGGACAACAGGGUAUCAUCCAGGAGAAUGAGGAACUUAUGAGGACUGUGAAUGAGAAAGCACAUCGAUUGAUGGUUCGAUCUACGGCUGAGAUGGAGAAGUGGCUUUCAACCCAAGUGGGAACCUUGAAUUGCAACUGGGAAGAUGCAAAACAGGAACUAUGUGUUGCACUCACUGAAUUCAGGAGCCUGAGAGACAAGCUUGAAGAUUUCUUCAGUAAGGAGAAGCAUACCACUCGAAUGUUGGAAGAUGUGAAAUCUCGCAUCUCAGCCUUUGAGGUUCACGCUGAUGUUCGCAGGCAGCAGGACCCAGUGCUCAAUCUGCAGGGUAUGUCAAAGGACUUGGAGAGGGAAGGUGAGAAUCUGUGCAAGAUGGGAAACUGCCUAGAAUCUGUCCUUGAUCGUCUUCAGGAACUUGCACCUGUCCUUGCCCAGGAAUUGACUUUGCAGCUCUGCAAAUUGCGGGACACUCAUGCUCAGUUGAAGUCAGAUGUUGAAGCAAAACUUGCCAUGCUUGAAAAGAAGAAGGAGUUCCUGUCCUGUCUCAGGGAAAAAUUGGAUCAUCUGCAUGGAGAGCUGGGGAAUCAUAGCAAGGCACUUGAUGCUGUUGAUCCAUAUGACCCAGAUACAGAAGCUAUCUGUAGCCAGAUUUCAAAAUUGAAAGAAACUGCCAGCGUACUGCAAGGAAGUAUCAAGAACUUCAUAGGGAAAACACAGGAAGAAUUCCCAGAAUCUCAGAUGCAAAUCCCAGUUUCAGGUUUAGAAGUCCAGGCUGAGAAUCUCAUGCAGAGGAUUGAUGAUAUGCAGAGAGAGGCUGAGAAGGCAGGGAAUGUUAGAAACAGGUUUCAUAAAGGCAUUGAAGAGCUGGAGAAGUUCUUCCUCAAUGCAGAAAAUACACUCAAGGAUCGCUCUAAGGAUCCUGUUGCUUUCAAGGAUACACUUCAUGAGAUUGAAUCUGAGCUGAGAAAGAAAGCAGACAGUGUUGAAGAAGUACAUGGCCUUGGAGAGAUCUUGAAGAAGAAAUGCCAAAACCCUGAUGUUGCAAGUGACGUGGAGAAUAAGGUCACCGAACUCAAUCACCUGGUUUCCCGAGUCAAGAACCUCAUUGCAGAACAACAUUCCCUUCUUGGGGAGUGCUUGGAGUGGUGGCAGAGAUUCAUGGAUCUUCGCAAUUAUGUUGAAGAGUGGUUGAAGAAGCAAGAGGAGUUCCUGAAGAUUCCACUGCAUGUCAAGAGCCUUGAAGAGGCUCGUGCCAAACUCCUUGAGUAUUCGCUGAGAUUAAGAGAUAGCAAGUCAGUGAGCAAGCAAUUUCAAGAGAUGAGUCGGGAAGUAAAUCGAGUGGGUCAAGCAGCUUUCAGUUCAAGACCACUGUCUGAAGCACUCACUGCCUUGGAGUCUCGAAAAGCUGAGAUCCAUAAGGCCAUCUCUGAGAGGCAUGCAAUGUUGGGUGAACUGUGUGAAGAAUGGCAGCAAUACACUGGAAAGUUGGAAGAAGUGAGGCUAUGGUUGAAAAAAACGAAGCAGGCUGGGAUGGGGAGUGGAUGGAAGCCACCAGUCCAUGAACAGCUGAGGUCCCUGGAGGCCAUUGUCACUGAAGUUCCCAUUCAGAAGACUAAACUCACCAUGGCCACAGAGAAACUUCUUGUCCACUUCCAAGAUGGGAUUGGGAGUGAGGAGGACAUCCAUUCUGAAGUUACACAUCUUCAAGAUGAACUUGAUGACUUCUUCAAAACUUUGAAGGCAGAGAUAGAUGAACUCCUGUCUUGUAUUUCUCAGAUUGACCAAUACAAGGAGGAUGUAGCUCGACUGAGACAACAGAUCCAGGCUGCAGAGCAUCAGCUCCGAGUCCUGCAUUCACUUCCUCCAGAGGAGCAAGCAGCUCGGGAAGCGGAGCUUCGCAAAUGCAUCAAAUCUCUCCAAGAGAAGAAAACUGCCACUACCGAACGCAUUCGGCUUCUCAUGCUUUCUGGAAGACCUGAUGGAAUGUCCUAUAUACUUGACAUAGGAGGGGAGUUGGCACUUGGAGUUGGUGCCAGGAAGAUGGUUAAAGCCAUUUUCAUGGAACUCUGCUUCUAUAUCUGCUUAAGAAUGCAUAGUGGGACCCUGUCUCAAAUCCCAUUCCUAAACCAGGGAAGAGUCUCUUAUCUUGAAAGUGGCAUUCCAAAUAUGAAGAAGCGUAUCAUUCGCUGGUAUCCUGGGGAGGGGCACAGUGAGGUCUUCAUUGCAGAUGACCUGAGAGCUAGCUUUCCUGGUCUGUUAGAAUCCGGCCUACUGAGUCCUGCAUCUGUGAUACAAGAGGUCUCAAGACCCCUGACGUUGCAGAGCAGUACUGCAGCUGAAGUUCAAUCCUUCAAUGCAGAAGGACUGGGUUCAGGUAGGUUGGUUGUGAGGUCCCGUGUGGUGAGAAGGCGCAAGUGUGAGAGGAAGGUCAUCAUGAGGCGCAUUAAGAAGAAGGUACCUGAUCAAGAGACUGUGAAAGAGCCCAGUGUGUCAGAGAAGGUAGCCUCAGGGAGCGAUUCUGACCCAGCUCACAGUAGCAAGACAGUCCAUGUUGGACAAAUAUCUGACAAGGAAGCCACUUCAGUGAUGGAGGAUACAGUGGGUCAACUUGAAACCUCAGCAUUGCCCAGUGAAACAGAAGCUUUGACAUUCCAAGGAGGGACAUGCACGCAGGAGUUAGAACACGAAGAACUGCUCGAGCAUGAACUUGAACAUCCAAUAAGUGAUAGGAGUGGAGGUGAAGGAGGAUCACCUCACAACUUGGAAUCAGAAGUCAGUUUAAGAAUGGAAGAGGAGGAAGAACAGGCAGAAGGUGAUGUAAAGAGAUCUGUAGAGGAAGUGGAAGUCCCAAGUCAUCCUCAUGAGGAGCUCUUCCAUGACAAUCUAGUCAAGGACAAACAUUGGGAAGAAGAAUUUGCUGAUGGAGGAACAUUAUCUGCUGCUUUGCCUGAAGAAAUGCAUGCAACACCAAAUGAAGAGAGAGCUGGAAUACCAUUGCACGAUAACCUAUGGGAAGACUACUACUCCAGUGAAAGCAUUCCUGAAAUCCCUUACUCACCUGUGGAAGGUUAUCCAUCUAUUUCACAAGACCAUAGCUGGAUAGGAGGCUUUCCAGAAGAGCACCAAAUUGAAGAGAGCUUCUUUAAAGCCCCAGCUACAGGGGAAGAAGAUCCUUCUUUCCCUUCCUUCAUUGGAGAGGACUUUCCAGAAAUGCAGAAUGCAAACUUUCCUCGAGAAAUAGAAGAGAGCAUUCCUGAUGCAUCUUGUUCUCCAGGAAAGGAAUUGGUAUUUCAAGAUGACCCCCAAGAAGUGAUAUCAUCAAGAGAUACAAAUUUUUCUGCAGAUAGUAGGUCAUCAAAAUAUGUGGAGGAUCAGAAUGAUGACGAUGUUCAGGAGCAUGAAAUUAGUCAUGGAAUGCCAAAAGCACUUGCAAUUGAAAUUGGGAUUUCCCCACUUUCAACAGCAGAGGAUCAUACUCAUAACCUAGAAGGGUUUACAGACAGUUCCCAUGAGGAGUAUGGAGAAUUACUUGCCCUCUCUUCUUCAGUAGAAAUAGGUCAGAGAUCUUCAUUAGAAGACACUGAUAAUCAGCAAUGGGAAAAUGAACAUGAUGGUAAGUACAAUAUCCCUGAAACACAGACUUCUACUCUUGAGGGAGAAGCAGAAGAUAGGGUUCUCCUUGACAAGGCAGCACUUAUGGAAGCCAUGGAUCCUGCAGGCAAGGAGGAAGAGUCCCUUGAUGGAGCUCAGGUGCCACUAACAGCUAAUGGAGGGAAGACAUCUCACAUGGAUGAGGAGUUGGUGACAGAUGGUGAAGAUGAUUCAGAACUGCACAUAGAGGAAAAUGUACCUUUGACUGCAGUAGAGAAAGCUGUGUCUGAUGAGGACUUGCACAUGACCCACCCAACAUAUGAUGAAAAUUUACAUGAGAGAGAAGAGGAGUAUGGAAAGCUGACAGAUGAACAUGUGUUAGUUGCAUCAGCUGCAGAAUCAGAAGUGGCAGAAUCUGGUCCUGACAGUGGCUCUAUUGAAACAACUGAGGAAUUCAAAGAUACUGGAGAAACUGAGAACUCUGAAGCAGCAGAUGAGUGGCCUGGGAAUUAUGCCAUCUAUGCAGAGGAAGGAGUGUCUGCCUAUCUUCCACAAGAACAGAGUGACAAUAAGUUCAUGGAGGAAGUGGAGGAACAGAAUGACCAGAUCUUUGGGGAGGGAAAACCAGACAGUGCCCAUGUUGAAAAGAGUGUGGAGGAGAAGGAAAGGGAAAUGGAGCCCUUGGAUGAGAAUCUCCCCUCUGAAGGAGAUGCUGAACUGCAGGAAAAACCCAUGGAAGACAAAACAUGGGAAGAUGAACAUGUGCCUGAGGUUUUGCCAGUAGGUCUCAUGGCAGAGGAGGGAGGAGCAGCUGCUUUUCUUGCUGAGACAAAGACUUCAGACAGUGGGAAAGAGUCUGAAGAAGAGAAGACAGAUGAACCAAAGGAUGCACUUGCCUUCCAACCCAGAACAGACCCCUCUCCAACAGAGGAAAUAGUUAUGGAAGAUCAGGCAGAACUUUGGAGGGAAGACCAUUCUGAAGAAUUUAUCCCCAGGGGAGCAUAUAUGAUGGAAUAUGAAGAAGGAGAUUUUGGGGAAUCUUGGGGAGUGCAGGCAGUCUUAUUGGAAAGUCUGGAAGAACAUGAUUUUCCACCCGAGAGGCAAGUCUAUCUUGAUGAAAUUGAAGAGUUCCACCCUUCAGAAGUAGCCCCAAAUGACUUUUUUCAUGUUCAUUGGGAAGAUUUGCAAGGUCCUCAUGGGAGAGUAUUUUUCACUGGAGAAGAUUUAGAAGAGAAUCCCAUUGAUGGUGUAUCUGCUUUUGUCGAUGAACAAAACUGGGAUGCUUCUGGAGGCCCUUGUCUAGCUAAAGGAGAAGAGUCUGAAGAGGAAAGGGUUUUGCCAGAGCAAGAUACUGAAGGCAGCCUCAAUGAGCACCUAUUCUUCUUCAUAUAUGAACAACCUGCUGGUUUUGAACUUGCAGGUCCCAUGGAAUUUACUGGUGAUCUAACAGAAGGCUUGUCAUCUGCCUUGAAGGAAUUUCCAUCCACUUCAGAAGAGCAAGAUUCUGGAGUAAGUCCUGAUGAGCCCUCAUUUUCUUUCGUCUAUGAGGAAUGUGGUGCCUUGAAAGAUGCAGGUCCUGUCGAGUUUUCUGGAGAUCUCACAGGACCAUCUGCCUUGAAGGCAAAACCAUGCCCGUUAGAAAGUCUGAAUACAUCUGAAGAGUCAAUAUUUUUAUCAGGGCAAGAUUCUGAAGGAAGUCUUGAUGAGCACUUGCCUAUCGUUUUCUGUCAAAGAGAUGCAGAUGAUGAUAAUUCAGGCCCUGUAGAGUUUUUUGGAAUCCACAAAGUGAAGCCAUCACAUGCCUUAGAAGAAGUGUCAUUCACUUUCUCUUCAGACAUAAUCCAUAAAAGGGGAUUUGAUGACAACAAGCAUGAAGAUGAGUCUCAUGUUCAUGAUACACCUUCUGUGGAAAAUUCACAAGUGUCUCACCUUGAACCUCCCAAAGAGACUGAAGAAGGGUAUGAAGUACAAGAAUGGACAGUAGCUUCAAUUUCACCCGAGCAAGAGCAAGAGCAUAUUGAUCAAGUGAUGGAGCAGCAAACAGGGAUGGUUGAAGAAGUAGAGGAACACUCUGCUUUGGAAUUGCCAUCAGUCAUGCCCUCUUCCAAGAUAGAUGAAACCACAUGUCAUCUGUCAGAAGAAUUGGUGAAAACAAUAUGCAAAAGAGAGAGUGUGGAUGAUGAUGAAAAACUGAAGGAGGUUGAAGUAAGCUCUGAUGUGAGUGAACAAAUUGAGGAGCAUUCUGCUUCAGAUAUUCUUCCUUUACUUGCGACUUCUGAGAUGGAUGGAGGAUCAGAAGAACCAGGGGAAAGUGAAAAAGAUCAUAUGAAGGGUGAAGUUGAAAUACUGAAGGAGACUGAGGCAAGCAUACCUGAGAUUAAUGAAGAAGUAGCAGAGUACUAUCCAUCUAAUGAUCUUCCAUCAUUCAAGUAUUCUUCAGAGACAGACAAAGCAUCUAAAGAACCUUUGAGAAGAAUAUACGAAAGAGAAGGUGUGGAUGAAGGUGUAAUACUGGAGACACCUGAAGCAGACACACCUGCAAUGAGUGAGGAAAUAGAGGAGAGCUCUCCUGCAGAUGUUCCUCCAUCACUCUUGUUUUCAUCCAAGAUAGGCACAUCAGAAUCUGAAACUUGUGACAGAAAGAGUAUGAAUGAUGAAGAUGAUGUCCUGGAACUGCUUGAGGCAAACAUGCCUGAAGUUACACUCCCAGAAGAAAAGCUAGGUUUUGCCUUUGCCUCUCCAGCUGAUGAGGAUGUUAUUGGGGAAACUUUUGGUCAUAGCGAAUGGGAAGAGCCUUCUGACAGUAUUAAAGAAUCUUUGCCACCUGAGAUGGAGGUUUCUGUUUUUGCUGCUACACAUGUCCAGGAUGAGUUUGGGGAAGAUGAUGAAGUGGGAUCCCCUGCUUUAGAGGAAGGGGAGUCAAGUUUGGUUUGUGAUGGAAAGACAUCAGGUGUAGGUGCAGUCAUUCAGUCUCCAGUGCAUGCAAAAUUUGAAGAACAUCAACCUGAUGAGAAGCUUUCUGAAGCUGGAGAUGCAAAUAUGAUUCUGUAUGGUUCAAGUGCCCCAGAAGAAACUCGAGAAGGUGUCCAAGAUGCGUCUUUUGAAGAUGUAUGUGCAAAAUGCAGUUCUGAAAGUGCAGUUACAUCUGAUGGAGAGAAAAAAGCCUCUGGAUAUUCAUGUGAGCCACAGCUACUAGAAGAAUUUGCAACCAUAUCAUCAGUCCAAUUAGAAGAAAGAUCUGCUGUUCAGGAUAAGUUCAAUACUUUCUCACCUGAAGGAAUGCUUGGCUCGAAUAAACAAGAAUACAAACAAUAUUUGCAAGAUCAAUGGAACCAGGCUCCAUCUGGAGAGCAGGAAGUUCAUCAAGGUAUCAGUGAAAUAGAGGUUGAUCUUAUCAGUGAAGAGGCCAAAGAAAAGCCAAAAGAACAUGCCAUUCAGAAAGAGCCUCUGGAGGUUGAAGAAGCAUCUGAGUAUAGCCAUGAUGAUGAGCAGAGUGAUUAUAUAAACAUUCCAGGAGAGGCUGAAGGAUCUCUGGUCAAAGAAUUCAUGAAAGAGCAGCUGAGAGGUGAAGAAACAUGUGGGGAAAAAGAUGAAUGCAUUGCUUCUGUUGGAUCUGAUGACAUUGUUGGAAAUGACAUGGAAGUUUCUCAGAAAAAAAGACAGUCAGCUGAGCAAGAGGAUGAAAGCCAUGAGAGAAUUACAUCCUCCCCUGAGGUGAAAGAUUCAACAAUGAAUGAGCCUCCAAUCGAUGUGAUGCAUGAAGAACUUUCUGGCAAGAAAGACUGGAGAGACAAAGAAAACUUUCCUAAACAUUCAUAUCCAGCUCUCCUUCAGUUGGAUUCCCAUGUUUCUGACCAAAAAGAAAUUUUUGCUUUCAUGCCCACUAUGGAAGGUGUUUCACAUGAUGCUAAUCUUGAGUCAAUAGAAAACACAUUGAAACAUGGCACUGAAGAAGUAUCAGUUGAGGGUGGAGACCUAUCAAGUCCUGCAUAUGAUCCUGAUGCAGACCAUCUUCACAUUAUUAACAAGGAGAUGGAAGUUUCACCAAAGGAACAGUCAGAGACAAGGAUACAUCAGUAUCCUAGUUUUGAAGAGGGGAGGGAAGAGUUUCCUCCUAUUGAAAACCAUGAAACUCCCUGUCUUCAGGACGUGACAAUGUUGGAAAAGUCAGAUAUCAAUGAAGAUUUCCCCAAUGGAGAAGUAACCAGAGAAUCUCAAGAUGAAAUUGCGCAAAAAUUUAUUGAUGAGCUUGUACCUGGAAAUACCUCUGAAAGUGAGGUGACCAAAGAAGAAUCAGAGAGGAAGCAGGACAGAUAUGUUCCAGGUGAGAGGGAACAAAGGUUUGAUGAAAGUAUUCAUGGAAGUCCCAAUAAGAAAGGAGAACAUUCAAAUGUGAAGGAGUUGAAGAAAAAACCUUCAGAUGAGAAGGAGCUGAGAAUUCCUGAGGGUGUUGCUGGAAGUAAAUUUGAGAAUGAAAUAACAGUAGAGCAUUCUGAUGAAAUCGAACAAAAAGAAGAAACUCUGUAUCAUAUGGGGCAGAAGGAAGAGCAUGGAGAUGAAAAAGAACAGAGCAUUGAUAAGGGUGUUCCAGGAACUGGCUUUGAGAGUGAAUGGACAGAAGAGCAUCCAGAUGACAUGACACUGAUAGAAGAGUAUCCAGAUGAGAUGGAACAUAAGGAGGAAACUAUCUAUGAGAAGGGGCAGAAGGUAAAGCAUCCAGAUGAAAAGGAGGAGAGUAUUGAUGAAAGUGUUUCAGGAACUGCCUUUGGGAGUGAAUGGACAGAAGGGCAUCCAGAUGAGAUGGAACAGAAAGAAGAAGCUCUAUAUCAUAUGGGGCAGAAGGAAGAGCAUCCAGAUGAAAAAGAACAGAGGUUUGCGGAGGGUGUUCCAGGUACUGGCUUUGAGAGUGAAUGGACAGAAGAGCAUCCAGAUGAGAUGGAACAGAAGGAGGAAACUCUGUAUGAGAAGGGGCAGAAGGUAAAGCAUCUAGAUGAAAAGGAGGAGAGCAUUGAUGAGGGUGUUCCAGGAACUGCAUUUGAGAGGGAAAGAACAGAAGAGCAUCUAGAUGCAUUGGAGGAAAAAGGAGAAGCUCUGUAUCAGAUGGGACAGAAGGAAGAACGUCCAGAUGAUUUCGAACUUAAAGGANGAGUAUUUAGAUGA